AUGUACAGCAUGUCAUCACAACACCUCCAGUACGCGUAUGCGUCGCCCAUGUCCACACAGGUCGUUCCCGCCGCACCCGUGGCCACGGGCCCGUCAAGACAGUACGCCAACCACAGCAACAGCAGCGCCUUUAGCAGCUCCGCAAAUCCGGACGAGGACUGGACCAAGAUUUCCGACCUGGCCGAGCGCCGCCGGAUACAGAACCGCAUCGCCCAGCGGAACUACCGCAAGAAGCUUAAGCGCCGGCUGGAGGACCUGGAGCGCCGCGCCGGCUCGUCCGAGUUCCCCAUCCCUGGGGCCAAGGCUGCGAUUGGGGCCGCCAGCAGCCGGAGCAGCAGCAGCGGCGGCAGCACCGGCAAGAACGGCAAGCCCAAGAAGCAGCAGCACACGCUUUCGUCCCUGUCGGCCGCGGCCGCCGCACAGCAGGCCGCUCUGGCGGCAGCACAGCAGCAGCACCAGGAACAGCACAGACAGACGUCGCCAUACAGCAACCAGCACAGCCAGAUGGCCCCGCCACACAAGAACAGCAUCUCGCACAGCCAGUUCACGCCACCGCUGAACCCCGAGGACGACAUGCUCUUUGCCGCGCAGACGGCCGCCGGCGGUGCCUAUGACAGCAGCGGCGCCACACACAGCCGCGACCGCUCGCGCACGCCGCCGAACAUGUUCGCUGCAAGCGCCUACUCGUCCUACCCGGCACCCGAGGACAUCAUGAUGGGCACGACCAGCAGCAGCAGCAGCCGAUCGACCACAGCAACCGCACACGCCGGCGCGUCGCACGCUAGCCACCACGGCGGGCACCACAGUCACAGCCAGAGCCACAGCCCGCCCCAACACCACAGCCAGCACAGCCCACACCACGAGCACCAGCAGCAGGGCAACUACCGCACCGACGCGUCUGCGUAUGAGUACAACGAGUGGGCCAUGGCGGCGGCGAGCGUGCCCGUAACGCUGCCGUCCAUGAACCACUUUACCGACGGCAUGCUGAAGCGGGACGACGAAGCCGCGGCGGCCGCGGCGGCUGCGGCGGCUGCCGCUGCUGUGACCAUGGCACCGUACAACAUGGGCUACAGUUUUUUGUCGACGGCCGGCAUGGACGCCGCGAACCCCUACGACUCCAACCCUCAUACCCCUCCACUGUCGAGCUCGUACGACCACUCGACCACCUGCUCUGACGCAGGCUACGAAUACCCGACGACGCCUCUGUCCAUGGCCUCGCCCAGCCUGGUUGUGUAA